UUGCAAAUUACCUUUCCGUGCAAACCCUCGCGAACCUCACAAGAACCUCGCAAACCUAAACCACACAUCGCGAACACAGCCGAUUCCCCUAGACUAUCAUCGCCAAGCGACGCAACCCACCAACCACCAAGAUGUCGUACAACUCCUCCCAAACCUCCUACUUCGAAUCCUCGUCCUCGUACUCCUCCUCGUCCUCCUCGUCAAACGACCAGAACCAACAGCCCCCCCAAACCCACGAAUCCGGCCACCGCGCGGCCUUCGCCUCGCACACCGACCCGGAGGGCAACACCACCGUCCGCACCGGCCACCAGAACCUGGGCGAGGAGCCCGUCCUCAAGGAGAAGCGCUUCAGUACCUCCGGGCGCGAGCGCGAGAUGAUGUUGGCGGCGGGCACCCCCAUGGGCGGGGUCAACCGCAUCCAGGAUCUGGAUGAGUCGACGGGGGAUACUUAUUAAGUUUUUUUGGCUGGGUUUUCCAGUGGGUGGUGAAUGUGUUUUUUAGGGGGUGGCUUGGCCUAGAGGUGGUAAUGUUUUCGGGAUAUGAGACACGUUCACUGCUGCACUGUUAUUAUUGACUUGUUACAAGUUAUUGAUGAAUUAUAUGAUAUGAAUUAUGGCUGGGAUCUCUUUUUGGUGCUUUGGGGCGGGUGUUGUUG